UGAAAAGUUUUUUAAGUAGAACAUGGCUGACAUUGCGGUUCGUCGAACGUGGAGUUUUUUCUUGAAUAUUUCAUUAUUAUUAGAGACGUAUCUACGUAAAUGAACUUGUAAAUAACUAGUGUAGUUUUUAAUGAAAGGACAUAUUAGGUGAACUUCAAUGUGCUCAUUAUUGUGUUAAAAUGACUGUGGGAAUGUUGGGACGCCGCGACCUCCAUAUCUAAAAAGAAGACUAGAACCCCUAACCUCAAUAUAACGUAGCUACAAUGGAACUACCGCAGCCACCUCAAGAUCAAGACCUGCGCAACAUAAUAGACAAACUGGCGCAGUUUGUCGCAAGAAAUGGACCCGAAUUCGAGAAAAUGACAAAAAACAAACAGAAAAACAACCCCAAGUUCAGUUUCCUGUACGGCGGCGAAUACUUCAACUACUACCAAUACAAAGUGACGACCGAGCAAGCAAUUCUAAAGCAAUCUGCCGGGGGCCAGGCGGCCGCUCCCGCCGGGGCCUUUAUGGCUCAGAACAGGCAAUAUGUACUGCCCCAACAGGGCGGUGCCACGGCCGCGCAGCUGGGUCUCGCGGCGUCCAUGGCGGCGGCGCCGGCGCUGCAGCAGUGGCUGGCGGCCAACGCCGCGACCGCGCCCGCGCUCCCCGCGCCGCGCCCCGACAUCGACCCCCUGGUGCAGCAGAUCAACAUGCUCAAAGAGCAGAUCACUCAGUCUGAGAGCAAUCUCAAUGCCCAGCAUAAGGUGUUGAUUCAGCAGCAACAAGCUAAAAUAAAUGAGCUGGUUAGCAAGGCUCAGGUGGAGACGAUUCAGUCUCUAGCCGGUGAACACAACAUUAGUCUGACAGAGCUAGACAGCAUUCUGCAGCCAAUUAUCGAUACUUGUACUAAAGAUAGCAUAUCUGCUGGCAAGGGCUGGAUUUUGCAACAUGCCACAUCUCAUGAUGCGGGGAAAGUCAUAUCGCAGCACCUGUUGCGCAAAGUGACUCAGCCGGGGGCUGCGUUCACGCAGAAGCUCCACAUCAUUUACCUUGUCAAUGAUGUGCUGCACCAUUGUGCACGCAAAAACGCAGAAGAUCUCAAGAAAAAUUUGGAAAAUGUGGUGGUACCAAUGUUUUGCAAUGCCAGUAUAGCGGUGACGGAGGAUCAGGAGGCUAAGUUAAAUAAGCUGCUCCGGCUGUGGGAGUCCAAGUCUAACUAUUUCGAGACGGCGGUCAUUGAGAAGAUGAAGAGUCCGACCAGCAGCUACCAGGAAUACCAGAACAAUCUGGUGGCGCAACACUCGGGCGCCAUCGCCCAUCUCGCGCAGCAAACCAAAUCAACGUUCGAAAAUUACCAAACCCAGCACCAAGCGUUCGUGGCGCAUACAAUGCAACAGAUACAGCAACUAGAAAUGCAAAAACACGCAUUGGAAUUACAACAGCAGAACAACCACGAACAAAACGAUAACCAACAGAAUAACAUACAGAAUAAUUUCCAAAACAGUUUCAACGAUCAAAGCUUCAACUCAUCGAAUUAUGAUAAAAAUUUCAACACGACAACUCAGCAGCUAUACGGUAGCGAGAGCGGUGAUAAUUAUGCUUCCAAUAAUAGCUUAAGUGGGAACGAGAACAGCUAUGACAGUCAGAUAUUCGAUCAGAUGAAAAAUCAGAAUAACUCUGAAGCUGAGGAUGUUGACUUGUCAAAUCUGCCAAAUGUGAACUUCUCGCAGCCGCCUCCUGGCUUCGAGCCCGAGCCGCCGCUCGCAUUCCAGAACGGUCUUCCAGAUCUUACCAAGCCCCCGCCGGGCUUUCCCCCCUUCCAUGACGUCAACAACGAGGAGUUGAUGCCUUCUGUACCCUAUUUUGAAUUACCGGCCGGGUUAAUGGUUCCACUCAUUAUGUUAGAAGAAGACCAGUACCGGCCGCUGGACCCGGCAACCAUCCGCCUCCCGCCGCCCGCGCCGCCCAACGACCGCCUGCUGGCCGCCGUCGACGCCUUCUACGCCUCGCCCAACCACGAGCGGCCCCGGGACAAUGAGGGCUGGGAGAAACUAGGUCUUUAUGAAUAUUACAAAGCGAAGAACGCAGCAAGAAAAAAGAAAGAGGAAGCCAUUGCUCAGGGUAACCGACAGAAGUCAAGAACUCCGUCACCCAUACCAAAGGAUCUGCAGAAACAACCAUCACCGCCCGGUAGAAGAUACAGGUCAAAGAGUAAAACGCCAGAAAAGCCAUCCCCAGUGAAGUCAAAAUCGCGGUCACCCUCGCCGAGACGGCGCUCAACAGCGUGGAGAAGAGAGCGAGACAGUCGCAGAAGAUCGCGGUCCCGGUCGCGGUCCCGGUCGCGCAGCCGCUCGCGGUCUCGCUCGCGCUCGCGAGACCGCCGCGAGCACCGCGAGUCGCCGCGCACGCGCCGCGUCGAGCGGAGUCGGUCGCCAACGCCACCUAGCUUCCUGGGUUCAGGUUCACCGUUGGUGGCGUCGUCGAGCGGGCUGGACGCGAGCAACAAGGGGCACCAGCUGCUGCAGAAGAUGGGCUGGAGCGCGGGCGGGCUCGGCGCCGCGGGGCAGGGCAUCGCGGAGCCCAUCAGCGGCGGACAAGUGCGGGACAAGCAGGACCAGUACAAAGGUGUUGGUGUUAAUUUAAACGAUCCGUAUGAAAACUUCAGAAAGAACAAAGGUGCAGCAUUUAUCACAAGAAUGAAAGAAAGAGCACUGGAGCGCUCGUCAUGAUCAGUGUAGGCUCGAGUAGAUGUAUAUUAUGUGUACAAUGAAAUUGUGUGGUUGGGAUAUGAUUUAUUUUAUCUAAAUCAUCUUUAAAAUAAAUUUUAUGAAUUUUA